GGCACAGGGAAAGUAACGGGAGAUGCCUACUAGGAGCUGAGGUGGUGGGAGGGGAGGAGGGAAGAAGGUUCGUUGCUCCCCCCCCCCGCAUCCCUUUCACACGGAACCUGCCCCCCCAUGGCAACGGGACCUUUUUUAAAAGAAUGACUUUCACUGACCGGAUUAAUGCCAGCUUGAAUGGGAACCACACGGGAGAGGCCGGUGGUCUUAAUGGGUCACUGGCUGGAGAGGAUGUUAACGCCAACACCAGCGCCACCUUGGACCGCAGCCUGAACCUGCAGUCUGUGGGUGUCGGGGUCUUCCUUGCCAUCUUCAUCCUCUCCGCCAUCGUGGGCAACAUCCUGGUGAUCCUCUCGGUGGCCUGCAACCGUCACUUGCAGACGGUGACCAACUACUUCAUCAUCAACUUGGCCAUCGCCGACUUGCUCCUCAGCACCACCGUCUUGCCCUUCUCGGCCACCUUGGAGGUGCUGGACAUCUGGGUCUUCGGGCGCAUCUUUUGCGACAUCUGGGCCGCGGUGGACGUCUUGUGCUGCACAGCCUCCAUCAUGAGCCUCUGCAUCAUCUCAGUGGACCGGUACAUUGGGGUCAAAUACUCGCUCAAGUACCCCACCAUCAUGACCGAGAAGAAGGCAGUGAUCAUCCUGGUGGUGGUCUGGCUGACUUCCAUGGUCAUCUCCAUUGGGCCCCUCUUGGGCUGGAAGGAGCCGCCGCCUGACAAUGACCAGCAGUGCAGCAUCACCGAGGAACCAGGCUAUGCCAUCUUCUCCUCCUUCUUCUCCUUCUACUUGCCGCUCCUGGUGAUCCUGGUGAUGUAUUUCAACAUCUACGUGGUGGCAAGGAGGACCACCAAGAACUUGGAGGCUGGGGUCAAGAAGGAGCGCAGCAAGUCCAUGGAAGUGGUCCUUCGGAUCCAUUGUCGCAGCGUCCUGGAGGACUCUCUGGCCAGCGCCAAGAACAAAGGACACACUUUCAGAAGCUCCCUCUCCGUACGCCUCUUGAAGUUCUCCAGGGAGAAGAAAGCCGCCAAGACGCUUGCCAUUGUCGUCGGGGUCUUCAUUCUCUGCUGGUUGCCUUUCUUUUUUGUACUGUCUUUCGGUUCCUAUUUCCCUUCUCUGAAGCCCUCUGGCAUGGCCUUUAAGAUCAUCUUCUGGCUGGGCUACUUCAACAGCUGCGUGAACCCCAUCAUCUACCCUUGCUCAAGCAAAGAGUUCAAGAGAGCUUUCAUCCGGCUGCUGAAAUGCCAGUGCCGCCGGCGAAGGAGGCCGAUCUGGAGGGUGUACGGUAACCACUGGAGGGGGGCCUCCAUGAAUGGCUCCAGCCAAGACGCUGAUGGGCAGCCGAGGUCCAGAAUGUCCACCAUCAACGGUUCAUUCAUAUUGAACUCCAGCAGCCUGGAAGGGUCCAGUAGGAGGAGAACUCUGAACUUCAAGAGGUGGAGGAUGUUCUCCCCUUUCCAAAAACCGACGACACAGCUCAAGGAGAAAAUGAACAGCCUCUCCAACAAGAUCCGGGGAGGCUCUGUCAAAGGGGCUAUGACGGCCUCCUACACAACAGAGGUGGAAUCUGUCUCCAUAGGGAUCCCCAGUGAAUUCAUGGAGUGCAUUGACUAUCAGAUGUACGAUGACCUAACGGACUCCGAGUCAUGCGGGCUCAGAGAGACCGAUAUCUAAAUGUCAACAGGGAUCACCCUUUGGAGUUCCAUUUUGUUUUGUCUCUGUCUUACGUGCAGUUGGCUGUCAUGCGUAGGACACAGAAGAGGGUGGAUUGGAGGAGCCAUGGAGCAGUGGUAGAGCGCAUGCGUUGUAUGCAGAAGGUCCCCGGUUCAGUCCCUCACAGCUCCAGUCCAAAAAUUGUCUCAGAUGCUACGGCUGGGAAAGAUGUUGGCCUGCCUGAGACCUUGGAGAGCUGCUGCCAGUCAGAGUAGAUAGCAUUGGAAUUGAUGGGCCAAUGGCUGGACUCCGUAUAAGCCAGCUAUUAUGCAGUUGGGUUGUAUGAUUAUGUCAGGCUGUACAUGGACAGGUAACUCAUGCAGAGGAAAUGCUAUUGGCUGUGUGGGACACCAGACCCAUAUCUCCAAUAGGGCAAAGGAGAGACGUUGGCCAAUACCUACUAUGAAGCAGUGAGAAAUCUCUCUUUCUCCUGAUAGAGAGGGGUGGUGUCCGGAUAUCAGUGGCGAAAUUCUUCAUAAUCAAGAAAUAUUUCUUAUCUGGCACCAAGAAAGCUUCAAUUCUUUGUCAAGGAAUUUAGAAAUAUGCACACUAAUGUAAUGUAUUUGCAUAAACUUUGCCCAACAGUUAUGCUUUGUUCUGAACUUGACACACUGCUGAAUUCUGCUGCCACGCGGCCCAAAAAUCCCAAAGAAAAGAUGAGGGACAAUUAGGAGGAUAUGAGCGAAGGGUACAUGAAAGGAGAUGGGUACAGCUACUCUGUCAGAGCACAGAGGCCCCAAUCCGGCUAAUAUGCUUGUAGGGUGAGGAGAAAGAAAGACUAAUACGGGACUGUCUUUGGUUUACAGGCGUUAUGAGGGACCAACUGAGAAAAAGAGAGUAUCUACCUAGGUUAAAAACAGCUUCCUCAGGUUUAAGGAAUAUUGCAGAUGUUCCCCCUUGCAAACGCCAUUCCUGUAAUAAUGACAACCUAGAAACUUGUUUUUCAAAGGGAAAGGUUCUCAAGAAUCCACAUUCCAUAGCCGUUUAUAGUUCUAUUAAGAAAUUCAGAAAACAUCAAAAAUCCUGCUUGACACGCUGCACAGGAGUACGUCACUCUUACACCGUGUGUCAGAGUUCCUUGCUGGUGUUCCCAGCGUUCCUUGCUGGAGCACAUUCUGUACAUAGUACCAGAGCCUAGUAAUGUUGCCUUUGCACAAUUUGUGUAAGUUGCACAAAUGCAAAAAAAUAAAAAUAAAAAAUCUCCAAAUUGUGUUACACAAGAGUAAGCCCACUGGAAAUAAUGGACUGGUGUACUCGUGCAGUAUAUCAGCCCCUGAAAACAGAUCCAGUGUAAUGUAACUGAGUGUGGAUAAGCCAAAAUUGCUACACAGUGGCCCCUUUUAAACUCUCAAAAUGGCAAGAGCACUCACCCACAUAGUGAGGGGGUAGCACAAUUGUAGCACUCACUCACAUCGUGAGGAGGAUUUUAGCGCAUUCCUACUACCACCCCAUACUUUCCUCCCCUUUUAAUUUAUGAUUGCUGUAUUUCCAGUUGGUUACAGGAAUGUGGUGGAAUUCGAUUCACCAGGGCGCUUUCCAGAUCAGACCCUGCAACGGGGUCACGACGCAUCUCCGAAGUGUGCGUCCACACUUCCUGUGUUGUGACACCGCAGUCCCUACGCUGACAACAGGGUGCCGUUCACAUUUCCAAUGCCUUGUUUCGAAUUUAAUCGCUGCAAUAUAGUGCUGUGAUGUCUAUAUCCGGCGUAAAGAAGUUGCUGUUUUUUCAGGUUGUUAGUUUUCGUGAGACUGCUCCCCCGCUGGGCGCUUUUCUAUUUACGUUUUGAAUGCAAUCUGCCUGAACUGAAGCAUUUUGCUGCUGUUGAGCAGCUAAUCUCGAAAGCGCCCAUGACCAGCUCUCCAGUCUAACUGCCCCUAGUCCUCUGUGUCCACCCAGACUGUCACGGAGCCCAGUUCCCAGGUGUGUGGUUUGAUAAUAUUAACUCAGUGAUAAAGGGAAAGCACUCUGUACAUGCUUAGAGGCAUCUCCCUUUUCCAUACCAUAACAUCACAGGUUCCAGGGCUGAGCCCCUGGCAUGCAAAACAGGCUCAGGAAUAAACCGCCAGCUGCAAAUUAAACUCUGGGUUCAAUGCUCAUUUUGAUCAUCACAUCUUAGAAGUAGGUUCUAAAAUGAAGUGUCGGAUAUCAGGUUUCAAGUUCUGACUUGCUUUAAAAAAUAAAAUAAAAUAACCAUACACACUUGCCAAUGUGCAGUGUGAGAUAUGGAGAAACCAUCUGAAUUUUCCCAGUGUUUCUCCUCAAACCCUGAAACCCUCUUCCCAAUUUCACUUUGGGGAAAUUUUACUGCCAGCCCUAAAUUUCAGAUCUGAUUAUUCUGAACUGGCUUGCUUAUACCCGAAGACAGCUCAAGACAAGACCUGCUUGUGCCUGAAGCAGGACAUCAAAGUAGCUGCUCCCCAUGGGGUGGGGGUAUAUUAGGUCCUGAAGAGCACCUUGAUAUCCUGCUGACACCUCAGUAACCCCCCCCCUCCCCCGGAGGCAACAACAGCCUCAUGAACGGACUGCCACUGGACAGAAAGUGCAGGCUGUGGGUGGGGUGGAGAGGUAUAUCAACAUUCUGUGCCAGGAAAAGCAAGUUCUGCAUCCCAUAUAAAUGUCAGGCAAAUUUGCAUUAAAUUGCAACAUUUUGCACACAUUUAUUCAGCUAGUUCUAUGGGGAAAGGCAAGAAACUAGGCAGAAGACUGAAACUCCACCCUCUGUACACUGGAAGCCCCAUUCAACCAUCCUGCUGACUUCUUUCAGCAAGUAGAACCCAGGUAACACUUCCACUUUCGAGUAUAUCUCCAUGGCCCUAAGGACUAGGAACUUGAGUUUUUAAAUUAAAUACAACAGAGUUUCUUAGGAAGCUAAACUGCUGUGCUCAAGAUACAAAUUCGGUGUCGGCUAGAACUGCAGCAUCCACCCUGGCCUUCACGCUGAACCAAGAAAAAACAUUGUUUGCAAAGCUUGCCAGCUUGAAUUGGCCUCCAAAUUGGUUAUAUAUAUGUAAAUGCUGUUUCAAGGCUAAUCAUGAUGAUCUUACAAAAAGGAAAAGUAUAGGUGGAAGAAAGAAGAUGUCCUUUCUCUCUCUAAUGAGAUGGGACAUCAAGAGAGGGUUGUCUGCAUCUUUCUAUUCCCUUUUCCCCUGGCUGUCAAAGCACGAGCCGGCUGGACAAAUUACAGAAGCUCAUUCUGGUGCUUGUCAAAAUAUUUUUCCUACAGGCAGCCAAUAGCAUCGGGCAAAACUGGCCCUGAUUGAGCAAACGCAACCCCAUCUGGUCUGCUGUUCCUGAGUGCAUUCUCCAGAUAACGGACAGGUUUGGCAAAUCAUUCUUAGAAAUAACCAGCAGGCGAGUAACCCUUCUGGAUCCCAAACUUGUUAAGUCUAUGGCAAAAUUCCCAACGGGACCUCUUGGUGGGAAAUGUACUUUUCCUCUCCUCUUGUUUAUUUGGACUUGAGUGGGAGCCAGCAUGUCCAGUCCUGAAGCAACCGCAAAUCUGAAAAUAGCGUUGCCACCAGCACACGUUGCUUCUUACUCUUCUUACCAGCGAAUUUUCAACCAACCAGCAAAAUCUAGUUGGCAUGUGGCCAACAUUCCCCUUGCAGCCAAUGGAAAGAUCUGAAUGUUGAGAUUAUAUAUAUAUAUAUAUAUAUAUAUAUAUAUAUAUAUAUAUAUAUUCUCAAAAUCUACAUACAGACACAUAUAUACACACAUGUGGUUAAUGGGAAGGCUUAGGAAUUCUGUUUUAAUUCUCUUAUUUAUUUGAGUCCAUUCUCCCUUUCAGCCUGGCCUGGCCUGGCCAUGGCUCAGCUGUUGGGGGGGACCCUGUCCGGCUUGGUUAUCCACUGGAUGGGAGAUGAAGCACACUCUCAGAAAUAAAAUUCAAAUGUUCGUGUUUUGCUUGCCAGUCCCAAUAUAGCAAUUGUACUUGUUGAUUAGACAAACAACAAACCAAGCUUGGAUCUCUCCUUCAGAGGACCACCAAAAUCAAGAUAUUUCUAUUGACACAAGGUUUGAAUGGACAGCCAUGUUUCAAUGCACUGACUGAUGGGCAUAAUGCUUGCUGAACAUUCAAGCAACGGUAGCGCUGCACUUUAACAGUUUUGAAUUUCAAGGUGCCCCCCCCCAAAAAAAAAUGUUAUUUUGGUGGAGAAGAAUUAUUUUCCCCAAAAAUAUGUUGUCCUAACCCUAACCCAGUACUCAGUCAAUACCACCUGAAGGACUUACACCAAAGGUUCCCAACCUUCGGUCCCCAGAUAUUGUUAGAGUAUGAUUCCCAUAAUCCCAUUGUGUCUAGGGAUGCCAUUGUCACUGGGGAUGAUGGGAGUCGUAGUCCAGCAACAUCUGGGGACCCAAGUCUGAGAACCCUUGGCUUACACCGUAAUAAACAUGGUCCUUUCAUGAUGGUCCAUGGCCAGUGUGAUGACAUCACUGAGGGCCGGUGAGAGCAAGGAGAGUGCUACUUGGACCAGCCCCAUGGAUCCUCCAUUCCUGGAGUCCUUGGGGAAGCUGCUACUGGAGGAGGACGAUGGCAACCCUUCCAUAGUAAGCCCAGAGGCCCUCACCUGCUUCCUCUUUAUCGUGGCUUGAGCUUUUACAGUAGCCGACUUCAUCAAAUGUACAAAGUUAAUCGAGAAAGUGAAAGGAAUGUACACGUGUGGGUGGUGGUAUAGUAGGGGAUAAAUUGGGUUCAGGACCUGAAAGUGAUGGGACUAACAAACACACAUUUAAUCCUGGCGCAUUGAACUCCAAGAUUUACUUUGAACACAAUACUUAACAGAAGGGGGAGAAGAGUUAAUUCCCCCUCCCUCUUUUUUUAAUGACGAACUAUCCAUCACUUUGUUCAGGCCCUGAGAAACACUUGCAAAAGUCUUAAUGAAAUCAACUGCUACAAUCAUCCAUUGCAAUUGUCCUUUCCUGCUGUUCUGUUUUAAAUAGAGAGAAUCUGGAGGAAGAGAUGGAGUGGCUUGGGAGACCCAAAUACUAGGAGGUUCAUCACUGGGCAGUUGCCAAUGCCCUCUUGUCUGGCUACAUCCAGUAUCAGUCAGGCCGUUGUAAUGCCACUGUCAGAGUUCUGGGCCAAGUGCUCUUAAUGCCGCCUCAAAACUCCAUCCUCUGGAUCACAUUGGCAAGCUUUGGUAACAAGAUGUCUCAAUUGUGACCAAACCUGUGUGGGGUCAUUCUGACCCCCAAAUGAAAACCUGGAGUCCCAAGAGUGGGAGAUCAGAAAAAUGAACUCCCAGAUUAGAACUAAUAAAUAGAACUAGAUUUUGUUAUAAUUAUGAAGGGGACAGAGACCAGCUUCUAGAGAGAGGCCGGUAUAUUAAACUAGGCUUCUUUCUGAAUGCUCCCAGCAAUGUAUUCAAGUCGUCACAUACAUCGAGAAAAGUAAUUACAAUGAGUUAGUGGAAUCAGACUGUGGUGAGUCACAGUCCAUGUGGGUCAUCCAAGCAAUCACAUGAACGUUUCAGCCCACCACAAGUCCACUGAGAAAAUCCAUUCUAGUCAGUUGCAACAGAUUAAAAAUAUAGAGGUGUGUGAAUCACUCCGAAAUCUGGGAAUAAUACCGUGUGACUGGUAUACAAAAAGGAGCUAUGCUAUACUCCCAGCCAUGACCCAAAGAAGGAACAUGUUUGUGUCAGAAAAGCCCAUGUGCACCGCCAAAGCAUCUCUUGGUUCUUUUGUUGCAGCAGUUUCCACUGCCAAAGAAACAAGCCACUGUUCAGUUUUGUUCAAAGGCUUGCCUCUUCAACAGUGGGAACUACAAAAAGUUCAAGUGACCUACAAGCAGGAUAUGUGAGGGGAGAUCUGACCUCCUAGUUUCUCUUCUCUGUUGUUUCAUGAGCCUCCACUCAAGACCACUGACUGCACGCCAUCCAUCAGCCAACUCUUACUGCUGACACAAAAGCAGAGAGGACUUCAUCUGCAGUUCUGCGGGACUAAUAUUUUAUAAACUUUCUAUCUUAUUGUUUACAGCCAUGUACAUAGGUGUAUAUUUCCUUUAACAAUUAUUUGGAUAUUUCAUGACUACUUAUUCCCCCCCUUUUUAUUUUCAAUCUGCAAGUGUAUUUAUUAGCCAGAGUGAGGUUUUAUUUCCUGUCCCAUGAUGCAAAUUCUGCUGGAUUGAUUUAUGUAUACCGUGAAAAAACCAGAAUGCACAUUUUUUUGUUUGUUUGUACCAAAUACACGCACAAUUCUGCCUAAGAAAGUGCAUUGUUUAA